AUAUUCCGACAGCACUUGAAGGCGGCGUCAGACUGCACUGCAUACGCGCCGUGGCGGAGAGCGAAGAUGGCGGAGAAUAAUGUCGAGCCAGAGCACGAAUGGAGCCUGGACACGGCCGAGGAGACUUUAGUCGCGAUGGAGACCCUGCUGGCCACGCUGAGAGCCUUUGAGGACGUGCUCAGGCAACAAGAAAUAUCCACGGCAUCCUCCACGGAGUACUGCGACAACUUCUGUCAGGCACUGAUGCACUAUGCUGGGAGCAGGAACUCCAUGGAGCAUGGUCUGCCUCUUCUGGAGGUCUACUGUCUGUCCAUAAACUGUUUUGCUGCGGCCCGAUCACACCUCACUGCAGAGUCAGACAGAGUGGCCCUUGUGUUGAAGAGACUAGCUCUGAGCUGUUUUGAACUGUUGCUGUCAGUGCCUGACAAUGAAAUCCCAUUUGAAGCCUGGGUUCAGUUCCACCACUCUGUUCAGAAUGCCCAUGAUACCUUGUUACAGUACGGAAGCACAGACCUUCAAGCUUUACUGCAGAUCACAGGAGAGGGAGGAGCGUGGAACAACCCUGUCCUUACAUCGCUCCUCACCGGCCAGCCCACCAACACAGAAGAAGUUGAUGCAUACAUCAGCUUGGAGGGCGAGGGCUUCAUGGAGAUGCGAGUGAAGCACCUAGAGAAGAUGGGUGAAGUGGCCAAGGCAGUGGUGCUGGCCAAAGCGUGCACUGAAUGCAGCUUUAUCUCCAAUCAAGCUACAUUUCGUCAAACCUAUGUCUCCCUGCUUUGUCACCUGCUGCCCAGUGAAGAGGCCAUCAUGGAGAUAUCCAGACUUGACUGUAAGGAUGUUCUGGAGAUCACGUGUAAUUUGGAGACUGAGGGGGAGGAGAACACCGCCUUCAUCUUGUGCACAACUUUCCUAACGCAGCAGCUCCAGCAGCAGAGCACUUACUGCUCGUGGGAGUUGACUCUGUUGUGGAGUAAACUUCAGAGGAGGAUCGACCCCUCGUUGAUGUCUCUUCUGGAACGAUGCCUUCAGCUAGGUGCCAUUGCCAAAACCAUCCACCAUUUGCUUUGCCUGGUCCGGGUCAUUCAGACAGAGACGGAGGAAGUCGGAGUACCUGCUUCAGUAGAACUUUGUGUCAAAGCCCUUCAACUUCCAAAGCAGGAUGACUCAGAAACAAGGAUCUCUGUCUGUAAGACAGUGUCCUGCCUUCUUCCAGGGGACCUCGAAGUGUUGCGUGCCUGCCUUCUCACUGAGUUCCUGCUUGGCCCCAGCCAGGAGGUUUUUGGAUCCCUACAGGAACUUUAUUUACGCCCAGACCAAAAGCAUGACCAGGAAGACGAAGUCAUUCCCAACUCACUACGCUGCGAGUUGCUACUAGCUCUGAAAGCAUAUUGGCCUUUUGACCCUGAAUUCUGGGACUGGAAAACUCUAAAGUAUCACUGCAUCUCCCUUCUGGGGUUGAUACCGGAGUCAGAGGGGGAAGAGGAGGAGGCAGUAGACAAACGAGAGAAGGGUAAACAACAUGAGCCCCUGGGAAUCACAGUGAAAGUAGAAUCUGAGUUUGAAAAGAGAAUAAAUGGAGGUCUUGAUGAUCAUGAGCAGCAAGAUAAAAAGCCGUUUUCUAACUUGACAGAAAUCCAAGAAGAAUCAGACGCUAAGAAACACACGUUCUGCUGUCUGAUUUGUAAAAGGUCGGUCACUGACACCCAAAUCAUUCACCACUCCAAAAGACAUGGAGAGGACAACAGCCACCCCUGCCCCGUGUGCUUGGCAAAGUUUAGUAGCAGAAAGGAGCUCGUUCCUCACAUAAAAGAACACGUGCAGAGAGAAACACGUGACAAAAACAACAUAAAGAAAGAGGAGGGGCCAAAAGAGGCGGAUGAGGACGAUGACAUUGAACCAGGUGAGAUCACCAUCGACCCCUCUUUAAUGCUGUAUUACAAAUCCACACACGAUCCAGACGUGCUGCACCAUAUUGUGCAACAAGCCAAAACCGUGAAGGAGAAGAAUGCGGACGAUGACGAGCACGUAACAUUCGAAUACAUUGACCAACACUUCACUUUGCAGAACAGGGAUGAGUAUCCAUGUCCGGGAACUGGGUGCACUCGGAUUUUCAAACAUUCAAAGUACUUAUAUGUCCACUUAAAGUCGGAGCACAAAGGUGACGAGAAUGUGAAACAUUUUCAUCAGAUGAGAGACAAGCGGGAGAAGUGUGUUUUCUGUAGACGCCAUUUCGUCUCUGCACACCAUCACCGCAAACACCGAAGAGUGCACUAUGGUGAUCGGCCUUACGCGUGUAUGGUUAUGGGCUGUGGCGCUACGUUUUGCACUUCCAAUGAACUUGUCACGCACAAACAGACCCAUGGCUAUCACCUCAACUACCAGUGUGAGCUCAAAGGCUGUUACGUCACUUACUCCGACUUGGGACAAAUCUAUCACCAUGAAGCGCAGCAUUUCAGAGACGCAGCGUUUACCUGCUCUAGCGGCGAAUGUAGAAAAUACUAUUUAUCCAAAAAAGAAUUCAUAAAGCAUUUAUCCACGCACAAUAUCACCUUCUCUGAAGAGGACUUUGAGGCUCAGAGGAAGGCAAAGCGGAAACUUUUUAAGACGGUCAUUGAAGCACCACCCCGCCUUAUUAAGCCAGUUAUUACAGAAGAGACUGUAAAUGGGGAUGUUCUGAACACUGCCUCAGUAAGUUGUGCCUCCUCUGUUCAAACGUCUGAUAGCAAGGAGCCCAAAGCUACAAUUACCUCGGUGGCCGUGUGUUUCGAUGGAAGUAAGUUCACCUGCGGUUUUGAGAAGUGUGGCAUGACUUUCUCCAGAGCGAGAGAUGUCCAGAGGCAUCUGAAAUGUGCCCACCCAGAACACCUUAAACUGGAGAACAAAGAACACAAACAUGACAAAGAUCGGGGCUCAAAGUCCAAAGGGAUAAAGACUGAAACUGAGCCUGAUGCUGAGGAAAAGGGACAAAACGAGCUCUCAACAUUUCAACCUGUAGAGGCUUGUAAAGAAAGAAAAGUAGCCUCUUAUCCCCAAAACAAUGACACAAGCUCUUCAAGCCCUCAAACAAAAGGGGAUGCUCUAAAUGAAAUUCUUAUUGGGCUCAGUAAACUGGACCUGAAUUCUUCAUCGCCUCACGAUGAGGCAGGCGAGCCCCCUCAGCCCAACCCAGAGCCUAAUGCUUCCCUAAUAGCUCUUCAUCAGGCCAUCAUGGCAAAGCCUCCUGUCGUGCUGCUUCAGAAGCGGCCUGAGGAAAAGCUAAAAAUCAAAACCGAAUCUUUAUCAGCCGAUGAAGAAAGCAGCGGUGAGUCAUUAGCUACUGCUAAGCCGUAUGUCUGUGAGGUAAAAACGUGCGGCUUUAGGACUGCUCAGAGUUACAGCUUAUUGCGACACUACAACACCAAACACGGUCGUACCAUUGAACAGGCGAAAAGGUUGACGUCUUUGAAAACAACAUCUUUCAAGCCUUACGUGUGCCAGCUUUGUUCAAAGAGUCACAGAGAAAAGCACGUGUUGAAGGCCCACUAUAUUCACUUUCACAACCUGAAUGAGAAUUUAGUGGAGAAAAUAAGCUGCGCGUCGGUACGGUUCGAGGGAAACAAAGACGCUUUAAAGCACACAGCUCAGCACCCGGCAAACCACGCCGUAAAAGUGUGGAAGAAAGAGGUCCCCAAAGUGCAACGCCAACCGGAGAAAAAAAACUCAACAGUGGUGAGCGAAAACGGAAAAAAGUUUGACAAUCAUUCUCCAUCUGAAGAGGAAGGAGAGGACGGAGCAGAGAGCAAAGAGGAAGACAACAAGCAGGAGGAAGAGGGUGAAGCUCGGACCACACAACAGGUCAGAACUACAAGACGUUUGGUCGCCAAAAGUAAUCUCUGCUAUAUCUUGGAUAAAUUCAGUAAGCCCUUUCAUUGUGUAGCAAAAAACUGUGAUGCAGCUUUUUCCACGCAGGGCGGCCUCGUGCGCCACCUGCAGUUAGUACAUCACUACAAUCGCUCUCAGCUCUUGUUGGAAAAAGAUUUUGAUGGACAUGACAGUCCAGAAGUCAGAAAAGAGCCCGCCAAGAAAAGGCCACUAGCAAACUCGGAUGAACCCCAGCCCCAAUACAAGUGUCACUUUGCCAACUGUCAUGCUUCGUACCACCUUAAAAGCAGCCUGGUCCGUCACACUCGUGACGUCCACUCGCAGCCGCCAGGGCUGAUAAGGUGCAAGUUUGAAGGCUGUGCCAGAGUGUUCACCCACGAUGAUGCACUUAAAAAACAUACACUUUAUAGUCACUGUGAGUACUACGAUUCACUGGUGGUACGUCUGCAGAGCACUCACAAAAAGUCCAUUUCUGGAUGCCAAAAGAAGCUUAUCGUUGCACCGCAGAGUCCUCAGAAAGAAGAACCUGGUUCAACCACGACGACAGAGAACGAGAGCUCGAGCCCAAAGCCUGAAGCGACUGAGGAGCAGUCGGAGGAAUUGAGUGAGGAGGCUGCUGUGGAGAAGAAAGUCUCUGAAAAAAAAAAAGAAAAAAGAAAUUAUUUUAACCGUUUUGUCUUCAGAUCACACGAAGAAGCACUACAGAUGUGCCAAGACCGCUGCCUGCGCGUUGCCUACCCAUGCAUGGUUCAGGACUGUGACUCUGUCGUCACGUACAUGGGGAGCUUGCACCGCCACUACCUGAGGGUUCACCGGAUGCGUCAGAAAGACUUUGUCAAGAAUGAAGAUAAGCUGGUUUAUACCGCUGAGCAGCUGGAGGAGCUGAUUCAGAGGAAGUCGGCCAGACCAACACCUACAGGAGCGUGUUCCCCUAAUGGCGUUCGCAAAAUGGAGUAUCAGACGGAGCCGGAAAACACAGAAGGGCAGCCCGCACCCAUGAGCUUACACUCCAUCAAGGUAGAAACACAGGAGGAAGAUAAUCACGAUCCUCUGGGAUUCCCAGAGGAGGAAGAGGAGGACCCGCCACCUGUUGAGAGAAAUGGCGUCCUUGUUGGCGCAGAUGAGGUGCUCUACGGGGAGGCGAGCACCGGCGCUCACACUGAAGACUCGUCUGCAGCGACACAGAACACUCAGAAACAGGAGGAGAGAUUAAGUUUGGAUCAAAUCAAACCUCUUCUUCGCACCCUCACUGUUGACCUCUCGCCACCAUGCUCACUGCGCUUUACUCCCGAGGAGGGCUUCCAAGACGUGUCAGGCAUCAAGGACGGUGGUAAAAUGGUGAACGGGUCAGCUGCGCUGCCAGCUCCUCCCGUUCGCCAGCCACUAAAACGUAAAAACGAACUGUCUGAACCGCCUGCAAACUUGAAAGACUCUCCGCCUCAGCCGUGCAGCCCUCCUCAACGCCCUUUUGACAUCGCCGCCUACAAGCCGAUGGGCUUUGAGUCCUCAUUUCUGAGGUUCAUACAAGAGUCAACGCCGAAAGACCCAAACGCGGCAGUGAAACGCCGGCGCAGUUGUUCGGUCAAAGAGAACAACCAGCUGGGAAUCUCGCACACCCGCAACAGACGCACUCAUUCCCCACUGCUGAAGCCCCACGCUAUGACUGGAGACUUCACAUCAGUCCAAAACUUGAAGUCCAUCUUGGACAAAGCCCUGGCUGGGUGUGGGGACCUGGCUAUCAAGCAGCUUCAGUACCUCAGACCUGUGGUGGUCCUGGGGAGACCAGUGUGCACCACCACCCUGCCUGACCUCUUCCCAUCAGACACCAACAACAGCAAACUGCUUCUCGGAAGUUAGUUUAACUGAGCACCUUUUUAACAUAGCUUCAGCAAAUUACUUUGUAUUUUCACAAGCUGUACCAGUAUUUUUCUUUCUCCCAAAACUAUAGUAUUACUUUUUUUUUGUUUGUUUUUGAAGUUGCCAAAAUGAAGAAAUUUAGAAAUGAAAUUAGCAUUCAGAUAAAAACAAGCUUAAGCAGUGCACAUCAGAACCAAGGGGGUUGUUUUUGUAGACAUUAUUAUAUUAUGAAAGCAUUCAGAUAACACCUGUUCUGUUAACUCAUGAUCACGUCAAGUGUAUAUACUGUAGUUCUCUGAGAUAAAUGUACAGAUUUUCAGAUUGUUAGAAAUGGUCAGUAGCUUAUUGCAAGGCCUUCUCAGUUGUGUGAAAAUGUGACUGAAAAAAAACAUUUCCCUACUACAAAGCUCUUGAGGAAUAUGUUUGGUUAUUUUUCACCUCAGUUUAUAUUAAAUCAGUGUUGGGAUGCAGUGGACAGACAUUGGCAGACAUGUAUGUAACACUUUCUAAAGAAAUAAAUGUGGGAAAGAAUAUAAAGCCCUUUACUUUCUGAAUGGUGCAAGAGACUUCUUUUUUUAUACAAAGUCACAGUGAAAUGUAAUUUUAAGAUCUGUUUUCUAAAUUUAAAACACACCUAAUUUGUUAAUUAAGCAUAAUCUGUGUUGUAAAUAUGUAAUUCCACUGCCUGGGAUAUAGUAUUUAAGAUUAAUGGUACACAAUGAGGUACUAUCCUUAACAUGUCUUAAGUUCAGUUAUGUAAAUUUAGGCCUUAAAAGUCA